AUGACCAGAACCUCUGUUUUAGCUGAUGCUUUAAAUGCCAUUAACAAUGCCGAAAAAACCGGUAAACGUCAAGUUUUAAUUAGACCAUCUUCUAAAGUCAUCAUCAAGUUCUUACAAGUCAUGCAAAAACAUGGUUACAUUGGUGAAUUUGAAUACAUUGAUGAUCACAGAUCCGGUAAGAUUGUUAUCCAAUUAAACGGUAGAUUAAACAAAUGUGGUGUUAUCUCUCCAAGAUUUAACGUUAAGAUUGCUGACAUUGAAAAAUGGACUGAAAACUUAUUGCCAGCCAGACAAUUUGGUUACAUUAUCUUGACCACUUCUGCUGGUAUUAUGGACCACGAAGAGGCCAGAAGAAAGCAUGUUUCUGGUAAGAUUUUGGGUUUUGUCUACUAA